GGCACCGGGCUAUUUCACCUCUACGGCAGUGUCGCCGCGUUGCACGUUGCUAGUUAGUUGCAAUGUUGUAGCUAUUAGCACGGUAGUCAUUCCUUUGCUGGGAAAGAGACUCGACGUUUAGGAUUAUUAAUCCUUUACCCUCAACUGUUUAUAAGGAGUUGUCAGCAGAAAACUACCAACAAAUCAGUCGCUUUCUUUUAGUUGUGUGCUUCCCCUCGCCCGAUAGCCUACCUAACUUACUAGCUAGCUAGUUAGCCACAUCUAACCGUUUCCUUCCCCUAGGCGAGCUUUCUUCUGGCUGACAGACCAUGGCGAUGAGACAGACACCUCUCACCUGCUCCGGGCACACCCGACCUGUGGUUGACCUGGCCUUCAGUGGAAUUACUCCCUUUGGGUAUUUCCUCAUCAGCGCCUGCAAAGAUGGCAAGCCCAUGUUGCGCCAGGGAGACACAGGGGACUGGAUCGGAACGUUUCUGGGUCACAAAGGCGCUGUCUGGGGAGCCACUCUGAACACAGAUGCCACCAAGGCAGCCACUGCUGCUGCGGAUUUCACAGCGAAGGUGUGGGAUGCUGUAAGCGGAGACGAGGUCCUCUCACUGGCACACAAACACAUCGUCAAGUCUGUCAGCUUCACUCAGGAUAGCAAUUGUCUGCUGACUGGAGGAAAUGACAAGCUGCUGCGCAUCUACGAUCUCAGCAAACCUGAUGCUGCUCCCCAGGAGAUUGCAGGUCACAGCUCAGCCAUUAAGAAAUCUUUGUGGUGCAACGAUGACACUCAGAUCCUUUCUGCUGCUGAAGAUAAAACUGUCAGGCUCUGGGACAGUAGAUCCAUGGAGGAGGUGAAGACUCUGACAUUUGACACAUCUGUGAGCAGCAUGGAGUGUGUUGCUGAUGGGGAGAUACUUGUGAUAACGUAUGGAAAGACCAUUGCUUUCUACAAUGCUCUGAGCUUGGACCUGAUUAAAAGUGUGGAGGCACCGGCUCCAAUCAACUCAGCCUCCCUCCAUCCAGAGAAGGACUUCUUUGUUGCUGGUGGUGAUGACUUCAAGCUCUACAAGUUUGACUACAGCACUAAGGAAGAGUUAGAGUCCUAUAAAGGCCAUUUUGGUCCGGUGCACUGUGUGCGCUUCAGUCCUGAUGGGGAGCUGUACGCCAGUGGCUCUGAGGAUGGCACGCUCCGACUGUGGCAGACGGCAGUGGGGAAAACCUAUGGCCUGUGGAAGUGUGUUCUUCCUGAGGACCUGGGAACCGAGAACUCUGAGCAGCUGUACAGCUCGACCCCUGAAAUCAAAGCCUGAGGACAGGGUGGCUCUGUUCUGAAAGCAGCUAAGGAAAAAGAAACAGAGGAGUUGAGCGUGAAUGUGUUGCUGCAGUGUCUUUUACCAGGCCACAUCAAGGAACAGAGUCCAGAACAUCUCCAUCCAUCAGGAACUGAUGUUGAUGUUGAUUCUGACUGCUCUGUUUGUCAUUGACCAAUAAUCAACCUUUUUCUUUUUAAAGUCCUUCGAGGGCAGUUUGGGCUGCAGAAGAAAACAGUAGAGCUGUGAGUUGAAAAGCUCACUGCUGCCUGCUUCCUCUCUGAUCCGCCACGUUCUGAAGACCUCAACUUCUUUUAAAUUCCUCGUAUCAGCGCAAACCCCAAAUGUUAAGAUGCUUGGCUCAGUUUUGGUUUCAAUAUUAAGCUUUUAAGAAGCUGGACCAAGGCAUUUGUUUUCAGUUCAUAGUUACAGGAAUACCAGAAGUAGUUGCACAGUUUGUGCUAAGGGCAAGGUGCUUUCAUUUCUCCUAAUGACUUUGAGUAUUUGCUGGUGUUUUACUGGUUCAGUCAUAAAAAGUGUCCAAAUAAAAGAAAAUAUUGUUUUGUGAUGACAUGGAAGAGGAAGAAAUGUCACUGGGACUUUCCAUGUUGCUUUUUCAUUUGUGUCCAAUGUGAAAUAAAUGAACUUUGGUUUUAUUUGUAAUGCA